AUGCGAGAUGGACACGGCGGUCGUGCCACGGGAUACAGAACAGGAAGGGCAAUCGCUCUUUCCAAUCUGCUUUCGGGGCCCUCGGCACCGUCGCCAAAGCGCCGCUUCUCCGUCUCUCCCGACGGCAGCGACGACUACGAUGCCAGGCCUCGCAAAAGCCCUCGUCCCGACAUCAGCUCGACAAUAACUCCGGCUCGCCCUGUUCCUGCUCCUCCAGCCUUCACCCAACCCUCUCCAGCAGCACCGCCGGGCUCGGAUCAAUCGUCCCGGCAGCAGCCCGGCAACGCCCAGCAAACACGCCAUGCUCAGGCACGUAUGCGUUCCUCGAUCGCCUGUGCUCGCUGUCGUCGGUCCAAGGUCAAAUGUGUCAACAGUGGUGUUGGCACACCGUGUCGGUCUUGCGAGGCCGGCAACCGGGAAUGUACAUAUCCGGUACCUGUCACGGGUGGACGUAAGAGGGAAAACAGUCUGACUGGACCUGCUCCUAAGGUCGACCCUAUGACUGAAGAGCAGCGUAAGAGCAAUGCUGGCUUGCCGGGCCAGCCUAUGCCCGCCUUCGUCGAGCCUUCCAUCGUACCAGCAGACGCUCUGGACCCUAUCCUUCUGACUCCGGCGAUCUGGAAGGAAUUGGUAAGACGGCCCGAGGAUGCUGGUCCAUGUACCUGGCUAACACAGUACCUAGNNUUCGACAUCUUCCAACUACACUUCUCAGCCGAUCUUCCCUUUAUUCACCCUCCAACCUUUCUCAAGCCUCUUCGGCAGGCCAGUUCCCAAGCCCAGGCACCUCAAUACCGACCCUAUACAAACGUCCCUGCGCCUCCGGUCCGACCUCCCGCAUCUACCGAGUUCUUGCUGGCCUUUUUAGCCUUGACUUCCCGCUUCCAUCCUAUACUCGUCGCUCACCAUUCGCCAAGAAGCGCCAAUCGUUCCAGCGACCCUCUCAUUGCUGCCGAGUUCUACGCCUCGGCCGCUUCGGCUCAGCUCAAUGCUGUAACAACCGACAAACUGGGGCUUCACAACAUCUCGACAACUCAAGCUAUGCUAAUGCUCGCUUUGCACGAGUGGGGCAUGAAUCGAGGUCCGAAAGCAUGGGCUCAUCUCGGAAUUGUCAUUCGCUCUGCACAGGCCAUGGGACUGCAUUACGAGGAGGAACUGGACGACCAACCUCUGUCGCGCUCAUUACCAUCUCGAGCACAUGACCAACAAGGCUUCGUUGAUUCUGGUAACGCUUCACCUGAUGCUAGUUGCCAGAAUGACGCAUUUGUCAAACAAGAGAUCCGUCGUCGUACCCUGUGGGCUUGCUUCAUCUUGGAUCGCUACUUCAGCAACGGCAAAUUCAGACCUCAAGCUCUCAACGCAAAAGAUCUUCGUAUCCAGUUACCGGCUGGUGAGCAUGCCUUCCUGUUUGGUGAAAAGGUUCGCACCCUGCUCUUGAACGAGGAGAACACGUCCAGAGCCGAAGUUCAAAGUCAGCGCCGUGCUUCUUUGGCCACUGAUCCAUCGAACCAUGCUCACAAGAGGUCUUCGAUUCAUGAUAGCGCGACUGGCACGUCUUCACCUCAAGAUCCCGAAGGCCGCUGGGAAGUUGGUGCGGACGAGGGCCUCAUCAGUCGAUACAUCAAAGUAUUGGAUAUCCAUGGCAAGGUGAUGCGAUGGGCAUGUGGAGGAGGCAGAAAACGUGACGCUCUACCACCAUGGAAUCCACAGUCAGAGUGGUACCGUCUGAGAAAAACCCUUGAUGACUUCAAGAUUAGCCUUCCCAGACACCAUUCUUUGACGGCACAAAACACAUCUGCUCACAUCAACCUACACUCCUCCACACCCUACGCUCUUGUACACCUGACCUUCCUUCUUUCUCAGCUUCUCCUCACCCGCGAGUUCCUACCAUUCAUUCCAUUCCGACACGGCAAGCCUUCAGGCCCCCUCGAUGGCACGCGGUUCGAUACCAUACCCUCUCCUCCAGGUUUCUGGGAAGACAGUGCUCGCGAGUGCCUUGGUGCUGCUCGGGCCAUUGUCGACCUGAUCGGCUCCUUCCAAGAAUGGGGCGUCGUAGUCGAGACUCCUUUGGUCGGCUUUGCUCUUUAUAACGUUGCUUUACUAGGUGUCUACGUCAUCAACUUCCCCUGGAUGGAUACUCAAGGCUACCUUCGCCGAAGCGCCAAGGACGACGGCAUCACCUCCGGUGCAGAUGCUGCUCGUAAAGCCAUUGAGCUGCUUGCUUCGAUGAAAAGUCGACUAUAUAUGGCUAGUGGAUGGUUCCAGACUGUCAAGCGCUCACACAAGUACUUUUCUGGCCUAAGGAAGACCUGGAUGGAUUCUGCAGCCAGGCUGCCCNGAGUUUUCCACGACCAAAGCAUCGCCACUGCUCAACUACACCCACCAAAUGCUGAAAGCACACGAGUUUUGCUGGAGAGAGCCUUGAAAGACUCAGAUGACUCUGGUGAUUCUGAUGUCGACAUGUCAGAUGCUAUUGCCAGCUCCGAUUUACCUAACGGUGCACCUGCUCCUCCUCGCUCAGAUGUGAGCAGUCCGCGUGUUGGCACUACGCCGCCCAAACAAUCCUUCUCUACCCCUGCUGAACAAGCGCAGGCUCAUGCGCAGCAAGAAGAACGUUGGAAUGCCAUCAACAGUGUAGCAGCAGCAGCUUCUGCCGUAGCUUCUGGCAGAAGUCUCACACAAUCUGCUCCUCAAAACAACAGCAACAACCCGCAUUUCCGAUUCUAUAACGCCUUUCCUCCAGCCUCGGCUUCAUCAACUCCAGGUGGCGGCUACCCAGGCCAUGGCUUCCGUGCUGCAUAUCCUGAUGCAUCACCUCAGUCGCACUCGCAUCCUCAAACCCCAGCCUGGACACCAUCGAAUGGCAACUCGAGAGAACCUCUCCAAGGCAUUCAUGCCUUUACGGGUGACCAACGCCGAGAAAGCGAAGCACUAGCUGGCGCAGCGGUUGCAGUCCACGCCGCUCACCAUCGCCGUACAUCUUCAGAUCGCGAGAUCAAGGAUGUUGAGUCAUGGCUAGUUGCCUUGGAGAAGCCCUUCGGCGCCGAUGAUGUCGCCGCAUUCGUUGAUGGUGUCGAGUUUGCCGAGUAUGCGGCUCGUGGUUCACGAAUCUCGCGUACGCCUAGCUGGUUGGCCAUAAUUUGGGCGAGAUGA